AUGGAAUCAGGAGUUAUGGAUCUCGACCUUGCGUUAAGGGUUGACUCUCCCGCACCAGUUACUGAUUUGAGUACCUCUGAUCAAAAGAGAGAAUUUGAAAGUUGGGAGAGAUCAAAUCGCAUGUGUAUGAUGAUUAUCAAAAGGGUCAUUCAUGAAGCAUUCAGGGGUACAAUGUUUGAUGACAUAACUACAGCUAAAGCUUUCCUUACGGAGAUUGAAAAGAUGUUUGUCAAAAAUGAAAAGGCUGAAAUUGGUACAAUUUUGACGAACUUAAUUUCAAUGAGAUAUAAAGGUAAUGGUAAUAUCAGGGAGUACAUAAUGAAAAUGUCUCAUCUAGCUUCAAAACUAAAGACACUGAACCUAGAAAUUUCUGAAGAUCUAAUAGUGUAUUUGGUUUUGAUAUCUCUUCCUGCAAGUUUUAAUCAGUUUAAGGUGAGCUAUAAAUGUCAGAAAGAGACCUGGUCUCUGAAUGAGCUCAUCUCUCACUGUGUACAGGAAGAGGAAAGGUUAAAGCUAGAAAAGACUAAAAGUGCUCAUCUUGCCUUUACCUCAAAAUCUAAAAGGAAAAGACCACAAAAGAAAGAAGCUGCAGAUAAGGAUUCUCAAAAGAAACAACAAAAGGACACACACUACAUGAAUUCUGUAUUUAGAGAGCUCAUUGGCCAAUUCCAAUGA